CUGCUAUUAUUGAUUUCUUCUAAAUUUAUUUUCUUUACACAAAGGCUGAUAACUUGUUUUCUUUCCCAGAAAAUUUAGGCAAUUUUCUUUUUGGGUUAUCCUUCUUUUUCUCUUUCCUUUGAGAUUUUAAAACCUUCCUCAUGGGCUGCCACUAUUAAUAUCUUCAAAAUUUGUAAUUUUUCUUUGCAAAGGUUGAAACUUUAGCGAUAGCCACACACUGCGUAGCUACUCAAUAUAUAUCUGGGGACUUUGCUCCAUUUUAGUGAAUAUGUGGUGAAUAUGUGGGUCAUUUUUUCAAAAAAAUAAAGUAAAAAAAUUGAUUCUCCGGUGAAGUUACCGAUUGAUUGGCUCUAAUGAUGAAGUAAGAAGAUGGUGAGAGGAAAAAUUGUGAUGAAAAGGAUCGCGAAUGCAGAAAACAGACUAGUGAUCUUCUCCAAGCGUCGUCUGUUCCCUGUGAUGUUGAUGUUGUAGUUAUCAUCCUCUCACAAAAAGGAAGACUUUAUGAGUUCUCAAGCUCCGUGCUUAGAUGGUGGGUUGAGACAAGCAUGUAAUGUUGUGUGUUCUCCUAACAUCACUGGUGUUCUUUUCCACAACCUUGUGCUAAGGAAAUUUGAAGGAAACGUUGAAGUCCUUGCUGAAUUAGCUGAGCUCUUAGUCUUAAAUGUUAGCUGAACUUUGAGUUUAUAUGAUUCUAUAUGUAGACGGCUUGUGGUUGUAAGUUCAAGGGUGGAGUACCCGUUGUACUUCUGGUAAUGAUAUUUUUGAUUCAUCUAAAAAGGUAUGUAAUGUUUGUGAUUCCGCUCUUCAGUAACUAGGGAUGGUCUGGAACUUUUGCAUUUUUGAUUGCUUGCGCACUUGUUAAUUAAUGAAAUUGUUUGCAACUU